UGCCUAGGGAAUGGUGCUACCCACAAUGGGCUAGGUCUCCCUACAUCAAUUAGACACUCCCCUCCAUACAUGCUCACAGGCUAACUUGAUAUAAAUAAUUCAUCAUUAACUCACUUUCCAGGUGUCUCUAGGUUGUGUCAAGGUGACAGUGAAAACCAGCACAGACGUCUCUGGUAGAAUAUUUGAUAUGAAGAAAUUGUUUAUGAAUUUGAGGUGUGAUUGUGACUAGGCGUACAUGUUUCUGUCUAUAAGAGAUAUAUGGCAUGUUGACAGUUUUUUUUUAAAGAAAUGCUAUGUUCUAUGGUAUUAGCUUCAAAGUAUUAAUUAGAGGAGAGUGGAGUUUAGAUGGCACAAAAUUCAAGUGGUUGACAUUGAAUGACGCAUACCUGGAAGGUUCUUGUACUAAUUUGUCUUUCUAUUCUGACAGAUAUUUAAAUGUUUCCCAUAAGAAACAGUGAAAACCAAGAGCUGUGAGUGUAGCUCGGCUAGUGGAGUACCUGCUUAGUAUACCUGAAGCCCUGAGCUCAAUCCCCAACAUCAUAUAAACCAGACGUGGUGGCACAUGCCUGUAAUCCCAGCAAUGGGGAGGUGGGGGGCACGAGGAUCAGAAGUUCUUUCACAUAGUAAGUUCAAGGCCAGCCUGUUUCAAAACACUUGCACACACACACACACACACACACACACCCCAAAAUGGAAAACAAAACAAAACAAAACAAACAAAAACAAAGCCUUAAAGCCACCCCUCACUUGAGGACUCCAUGGAUACCUUUUGCAGGGACCUCAGAUGGGUACACAAAGGGGACUGGCACAUAACCACCUGGAAAAGCUGUUCUGCAAAGUUCAUUCAGGUCGAGGCAGCAGGUGGCUGUUGCAGGGGAAGCCUGUGUGCCCAGGGAAAAUCUCUGGCUCUGUUCCUCUCAUUACUUUACUGGACUUCAGAUGUGGACUUUCCUAAGGAUUCAUCUGUCUCUUCGCCUUUGGAAAUAGUGUCUGGGAAAAUAUUUAUGAGGACGGUAAAUGAGAUGCUUUGUUUGCUUCCAAAACUACUUCUUAAUGUUAUUUCAUUCUUACUGUUUUGUGCAGGGCUGGGAUCAAACCCAGGGCCUCCUACGUGCUAGGCAAGUGUUCUACCAGUAAGCCACACCCAGCCUCAUUCUUGAGACUGAAGGAGUGUUUUGAUUUGUGUAGGAGCUGAACUAGCCUGCUCUCUGUCUUACCCUUCUAAGGCCCCUGGAAACCUUGUACCCCACCUCAGUUCCCAGAGGGGCGAGUUACCUUCUUAGAGAGAACUCUGUUCUUGCUUGGCAGUGGGGACUUUCAAGGUCGAUGUUGAGGGCGGGGCCCAGGUGGGGCUGGGUGGAGCAGGGUUGUCUGGUGUGGCAGGUUUGACCUCACCCACUGCAGGAUGUGUUGAUACAACAGAGUGGCCUCUGGAGAGGGAACCAGGACCGUGUGUGGAGGGGGAGAGACUGGGCAGCCUCCCUGCCACCGGGCCCUGGGCCACUGGAAAGCCACAACUGACUGGGGCCGCUUGCUGCUGCUGCUGCUUUUGCUUCUUCUGUGCCCUGCUCCAGGAAUCAGGCAGUGAGUCCCCCACACAGAACGAACUCCAAGGAAACUCAGACUAAGGCUGGACCAACAUGGCGUCUGUGUUUCGAAGCGAGGAGAUGUGUUUAUCCCAAGUGUUUCUCCAGGUGGAGGCUGCAUAUUGCUGUGUAGCUGAGCUGGGAGAGCUUGGCUUGGUUCAGUUCAAAGAUCUAAAUGCAAAUGUGAACAGCUUCCAGAGGAAGUUUGUGAAUGAAGUCCGGAGGUGCGAGUCACUGGAGAGAAUCCUGCGUUUUCUGGAAGAUGAGAUGCAAAACGAGAUUAUAAUCCAAGUGCCUGAGAAGGAUGCAGAGACCCCUCUCCCUCGGGAAAUGAUCACCCUGGAGACUACCCUAGAGAAGUUGGAAGGAGAGUUGCAGGAAGCCAACCAGAGCCAUCAGGCUUUGAAGAAGAGCUUUCUGGAACUGACAGAGCUCAAAUACCUCCUAAAGAAAACCCAGGACUUUUUUGAGACAGAAACCAACUUAGGUGAAGAUUUCUUUGUUGAAGACACUUCGGGUCUCUUGGAGUUAAGAGCCAUACCUGCAUUCAUGACUGGAAAGUUGGGGUUCACGGCUGGUGUGAUAAACAGGGAGAGGAUGGCUUCCUUCGAGAGGCUGCUGUGGAGAGUUUGCCGGGGAAACGUGUACUUGAAGUUCAGCGAAAUGGACACACUUCUGGAGGACCCUGUGACGAAAGAAGAAAUUAAAAAGAAUAUAUUCAUCAUAUUUUACCAAGGAGAACAGCUCAGGCUGAAAAUCAAGAAGAUCUGUGACGGGUUUCGUGCCACCAUCUACCCCUGCCCGGAGCAUGCAGCGGAGCGCAGAGAGAUGCUGGCGAGUGUCAAUGUGAGGCUGGAAGACUUAAUCACUGUCAUUACCCAAACAGAGUCUCAUCGACAGCGCCUGCUGCAGGAAGCAGCUGCCAACUGGCACUCCUGGGUCAUCAAAGUCCAGAAGAUGAAGGCCGUCUACCACGUGCUGAACAUGUGCAACAUUGACGUCACCCAGCAGUGCAUCAUCGCCGAGAUCUGGUUCCCAGUAGCAGACACUAGACACAUUAAGAAGGCCCUGGAGCAAGGCAUGGAACUCAGUGGCUCCUCCAUGGUCCCCAUCAUGACAGAAGUGGAAACUAAAACAGACCCUCCCACCUUCAACAGGACCAAUAAAUUUACAGCUGGCUUCCAGAACAUUGUCGAUGCGUACGGUGUAGGCAGCUACCGAGAGAUAAACCCAGCUCCCUACACUAUCAUCACCUUCCCCUUCCUGUUUGCUGUGAUGUUUGGAGACUGUGGUCAUGGAAUGGUGAUGCUGAUGGCAGCCCUGUGGAUGGUCCUAAAUGAGAGGCACUUGCUGGCGCAGAAGAGCACCAAUGAGAUGUGGAACAUCUUCUUCAAUGGGCGCUAUCUGAUCCUGCUCAUGGGUAUCUUCUCCAUUUACACCGGCUUGAUCUACAACGACUGUUUCUCCAAAUCUUUUAACAUCUUUGGCUCCUCUUGGAGUGUCCAGCCUAUGUUCAGAAACGGCACAUGGAAUACUCACAUUGUGGAAAAUAGUCCAUAUUUGCAGCUGGACCCAGCCAUCCCAGGAGUGUAUUCUGGGAAUCCCUACCCGUUUGGGAUUGAUCCGAUUUGGAACCUGGCUUCAAACAAGCUCACAUUUUUAAACUCCUAUAAGAUGAAGAUGUCAGUCAUCCUGGGAAUCGCUCAUAUGAUUUUUGGUGUUAUUCUCAGCCUCUUCAAUCACAUUUACUUCAGAAGAACCCUCAACAUCAUUCUGCAGUUCAUCCCCGAGAUGAUUUUUAUGCUGAGUCUGUUUGGAUACCUGGUUUUCAUGAUCAUUUUCAAGUGGUGCCGUUAUGAUGCCCACACAUCCCGGAAGGCUCCGAGCAUCCUCAUCCACUUUAUCGGCAUGUUUCUGUUCGACUACGAUGACUCUUCCAAUGCACCCCUGUACGGCCAUCAGCAAGAAGUCCAGACUUUCUUUGUCAUCAUAGCGCUGGUGUCUGUACCGUGGAUGCUUUUGAUUAAGCCAUUUGUCCUUAGAGCCAAGCACCAGAAAUCUCAGCUGCAGUCUUUCACAAUCCACGAGGAUGCCGUGGAGGGUGACCACUCGGGCCCCUCUGCUAAGAAGACUGCAGGUGCCCAUGGGAUGAAGGACGGCCAUGAGGAGGAGUUCAACUUUGGAGACAUCUUUGUCCACCAAGCCAUCCACACCAUUGAGUACUGCCUGGGUUGCAUCUCCAAUACAGCCUCAUACCUUCGGCUCUGGGCCCUCAGCUUGGCUCAUGCAGAGCUGUCCGAGGUGCUGUGGACCAUGGUCAUGAGCAUCGGCCUUCGCCUUCAAGGCUGGGCAGGGCUCGUUGGCGUCUUCAUCAUUUUUGCGGUCUUCGCCGUCCUCACCGUGGCCAUCCUCCUCAUCAUGGAGGGCCUCUCAGCCUUUCUGCACGCCCUCCGGCUGCAUUGGGUGGAAUUCCAGAACAAGUUCUAUGAGGGGGCUGGCUCCAAGUUCUGCCCCUUCUCCUUUAAGCACGUCCUGGAAGGGACGGCUGAGGAGUAGGCCUGUCUGUAUCCUGGUGCAGGCUGAAGAAAUCCACUCUCGUCUCUGACGUCAGCCCGGGCCAGGUGUCCCGUGCCGAAGCCCUUCUUGGCUAUCUGAAGCGUGAAGCUGUGUAAGGUGCAGUAUUUAACAGGACUUAUCCACCUAACUGAGGGGCUAUUUUGAUGAAUCAUUUGGACUUCAUGUGUAGUCUUCAUGAUCAAAUACUAAAAUAACUGGGAAACGGGGAAGGGGGACACCAGACCGCUAUCUUCCUGUGAUAGUUUAUUUUUAUUUUACUUUCUUUCUGUUUUGAGACAACGUCUCUCUAGCUUUAACUGUUCUGGAAAUAACCACACAGGCCAAGGAUGUCCUUGACCUUGAACCCAGGCUCCUCCUGCCCCUACUUCCCAAAUGCUGAGGUGACAGGCAGGAGCCCCCUCACCUGAAGUCCUGGCGUAUUUCAAGUGUUAUAAUCAUGAAAAUAAACGUCUGCUUUCUUCAC